ACUGUGUCCAUAAACGUGUGUGAAACAACGUUAUCAGAUCCACUUUAGUUAUCACAGUACUGCCUGUAAGCCACGGACUAAGGAAUCGUGCGGUUGUUUUGUUGGUGUCUCUAUUUUUCUAACGAGUAUUUUAGAUGAGGGUUUUUAGAAUGAGGAGUGUCACGCCCGUGGCUGUGGUCCCCAACGUGGGUGCUGCUAAAACGGAGACGGAAUACAACAUGAAGUCCAUCAGGUGUCUCCUGAUGAUCAUUACGGCCAUGUUCAUUGUGGUAGGACUUCUGAUGAUAGUGCUGGGUAUCUCAGUAUACACGCACUUCCACAGUUUCUCCUCAUUCUACGAGAGUGGGAUGAUGAACAUGACACCAUCCACGCUCAGCGUGUUCAUUGGUUUGGCGCUGCUGAUCAUAUCCAUCUUCGGUUUCUUCGGCAGUUUGAAACUCAGCACUUGCAUGGUCAACGUGUAUGCAUUAAUCUUAAUGCUGGUGUUCAUUGUGAAGUUAGUUGUAAUAAUACUGGCCUUCACUACGUCUGGGUAUGAAAUAUGGAGGCAUAUCAACAUUCCUGUGCACAUGUACCACGACCCUGAGGUUCAGGAAGAGAUAGAUAUGCUGCAAUCUAGUUUCAGCUGCUGCGGCAGUUACUCCUACAUGGACUACUUAGACGUGGUGUUUGGGACCAACCAGCCUACAGUCCAGGCCUCCAUGGUGAUCGAUGGGGACCAAGUCAGCAUGACUUUACCCAGGACAUGCUGCCUCUCAGUCACAGUAGACAAUUUCUGUCAACGAGUCUCAGGAAUCGGAUGCAAGGACGCGCUAGUAAAUUCCAUGGUGCAGAAUUCCACAGUCAUUGGUAUCCUCGGAAUAUCUGUGAUGUUUAUCAAUCUCCUUGGCAUAAUAUUUGCUCUCCUCUUGGCGCGUAGUAUCCGCAAACUGAAGAGUGCACGAGUGUUGCUCGCAUGGAAAGUCCGAGAGAGGGUUAUUGUUGCACGAGAGGCCGAAGAAAGACAGCAGGGUGCGCCAAACCAGGUCUACAUCGACCCACAGUCAUCAAGCACAGCAUAAUUUGAAACCUAACAACAUAUUUUAUAGAAAUAUUUUUGCAUUUACAUUUUAAGGUAGAACCUUUAAUAAGGCUGUGAAAAUCGCCUGCUAUCAAUCUUUUAAUCAAGUUUUUUUUACAUAUUAAUGACAUUUUAAUUAGUUAUAAGCUAUUUUAGAUAUGUAAGUAUACAUUUUAUCUAUGAUGUACUUAAUUUGUUUCGAAAAUCCUUCCAGUACCUAGUUAUCUAAGUAGGUACUUAGACAGUCCACCGUUUGUUUAAAGACACUCAAUUCUAUUGUUAUAAAAUAGGUGAGUAGUUAAUUGUCACAGUUGAUCAUAACACUUGUAUUAUUAUAUUUAUAUCUAUUAUUUUUAAUUAAAUAAGUUUACAACUUU